UCCGGGAGCGCGUGAGGAAAUGAAGGAGAGCCUGAGACUGUGUGGACUGAACGCGGGUGCGCGCACUGACCCACCCUGCUGCUACAGACCGAGCGGAAGGAGGAAUGGCAGGGGGCGGGGCCGAAGCGCAGGCGGGCUCAGAGGGGUCGGAUUCCUGAAGCAGCAAAAACCCCAGCGCCAGAGCUAGGCCAAGCAAAGCAGCGCUGCGAAGCAGAGGCCGCAGGGACUUGUCAAAGACCCACGGCUGCCUUCGCCUUUGCUGCUGCAGUCAACUCUCUUAUUCCUUGCCUACCUUUCCCGUCGUCUCCUCAGUCACCGUUUCGCAGCGGCAACACCAUCGAUAACAGCUAAGUGGUCAAUUCUGGGACUUGGGGUUGGGAAUCAGGGCGGGUGCGAGGCGUGGGCAGUACAAGCCAGCCCGCCAUCUCCUGCAGCAACCGCCACUGCUGCAGACACUUCUCCCGAGCGGGAAAGGAGAACACUGUCAAAAGGCUCACGCUGUAUCAGUGUCCACCGUCAGAGUUAGAGCGUUUUUGUCAAGACUUGGCGAAAGCCUUUUGAUUGGGGAAGGGAGGACGCACUGUGAGAUCACGAAAACAGAUAUAAUAUUGAAUAGUGUUGACUUUUGGUCCUCUUAAUCGAACAAGUGGCAGCUUUGCUUAAGCCUCCUUAAACCCUGAGCCAUGUCGCCCCCAACAGUGCCUCCGAUGGGUGUAGAUGGCGUGUCCGCAUACCUGAUGAAGAAAAGGCACACCCACAGGAAGCAGCGACGCAAGCCCACUUUCCUCACGCGUAGGAACAUCGUAGGCUGUCGCAUUCAACACGGUUGGAAGGAAGGCAACGAGCCGGUGGAGCAGUGGAAGGGCACAGUGCUCGAGCAGGUUUCUGUGAAGCCCACCCUCUACAUCAUCAAAUAUGAUGGCAAAGAUAGUGUAUAUGGACUAGAGCUGCACCGAGAUAAGAGAGUUUUAGCGCUAGAAAUCCUUCCUGAAAGAGUGCCAACUCCUCGCAUUGAUUCUCGUCUGGCAGAUUUCCUGAUUGGCAAAGCGGUGGGGCAUGUGUUUGAGGGUGAGCACGGUACGAAAGAUGAAUGGAAAGGCAUGGUCCUGGCGCGAGCUCCCGUGAUGGACACUUGGUUUUACAUCACCUACGAGAAAGAUCCUGUCCUUUAUAUGUACACGCUGCUGGAUGACUACAAAGAUGGUGACCUGCGCAUCAUUCCAGAUUCCAACUACUAUUUCCCUACAGCAGAACGGGAGCCUGGAGAAGUGGUCGACAGCCUCGUGGGCAAGCAAGUGGAACAUGCCAAAGAUGAUGGGUCCAAGAGAACCGGCAUUUUUAUCCAUCAAGUGGUGGCCAAACCGUCUGUCUACUUCAUCAAGUUUGAUGAUGAUAUUCACAUUUAUGUCUAUGGCUUGGUGAAAACUCCCUAAAUACAUUGUGCUCUUUACAAAAGUCGUAGAACUAUUAAAUGUAAAACAUGUCAUGUUCUUGCAAUUGUGAAUUUUUGAGAAAAGUUUUGGUGUCAGAGAUUCAGGAAUUUAUUACUUGUUACUGAUUGUGCCUCCAAAUCUUACAUUGACUAGUUCCACAGUUUUGUCCCAAGUUUACAUUGGUACUUUUGAUAUUGCCUUGUUCUGUAACUGAAGAGCUAAGUUGGGUGCUAAUAGGAAAUUGAAAAGUAUUCAUGACCAUUGGAACAAUGAAAAACUAAAGAAAAAUUAAUGGUGUAACUCCACACCAGGUCCUUUCCCCCAUUUCCCUCAUUUUAUUAUCUCCCCUCUUUCUUAUUCCCAGGUAACAAAUGUUAAGAACAUGAUGUAUAUCCUUCCACGUUUUCCCAUCCACUUGCAGAAAGUUUGUUGUAGUCUUUUCUGUAAAAAUGAAAAGCCUCCUCAUUUCCCUGUAAUUGUUUUUCACAUUUGGAAUAUUCAUCGUAUCUUUUCUAAUCAGUAGCUAGGAAUCUUUCUCUGUCCCCCUCUCCCUUUCCCCUCCUCUCCACUCCCUGUUCCCCUCUGCCUUUUUCUCUCUCUCUCCUUCCCUCUAGCAGUUGCAUAUACAGUAUAUUUAUGUACCAAAAAAAUAUUCAACCAUUCUGUUAUUGAUAGUCACUUAAAUUAUUUCCUUUCCUUUUCUCACCAUAGCACUGCUGCCAUAGAUUCUGGUGCUUUUAUUUCUACUGGGUAGAUUCCCAGAAAUGGAAUUGCUGGUAAGAGAUAUAUUUAAUUUUAAGAGAUAUUACAAAAUUACUAUACAAAAUGAAAGUGCUCAUUCUCCAGUAUCCUCUCCAUCAAAAUCUGCAAAUGUAAAAGGUAAAAAAUUACGUAGUAUUUUUUUAAUAGACAUACUCGAGGAGGUGUUUUGUUUUGUUUUGUUGACUGUUUGAAUUUUUUUCUUUUGUGAUUUUCCAGUUCUUAUCUUUUGUUUAUUUAUCUAUUGAAUCUUUGAUCUUUUUCUUAUAAGUUUAUAGGAAUUCUUACUAUAUUUCUCUAUGGUACAUAUUAAUCAUGUAGCCCAUUUGUAUUUUUUUCCAUUCUAUCAUUGAUCUUGACUUUAUUGAUGUUAUAUUUUACUGUACAGUUGUUGCCGUUGUUGUUUUUAAUUUUUAGAUAGACUAAUAUCUCCUUUUCAGCUUUUUGGCUUCUUAUCUUUUUCAGAUGAAUGCCCCCACCCCAAAUCAUACAUAUAUUCACCUACAUUUUUUCUAAUUUUUUUAUUAAUUUUAUUAAUUUUAGGUUUAACUAAAGCAUCUGGAAUUUAUUUUGUAUGUGGUAUAAGAUAAAGGUCCAACUAUACAUUUUCUUCACAUUGGAUUCCUGAUUAUACUAUGAUAUUUAUUAAAUAAACUACUCAUUUUUGAGUUUGUGAGCCAGUAUCCUAUUGUUUAACACUAGUGGCUUGACCAUAAAUUUUGAACUCUGGCAAAGCAAGUUACCUCUCAUUAUGUUUUUUUUUUCUUUCCCUUUUUUUUUCUUUCAUAUAACUUGUUCUAGACAUUAAUUCUUUCUAUGAAAAUUAAAUGCAUUCUUUCAAAAUUCUGAUCUUAGAAUUGUGUUACAUUUCUGCAUUUCUAUUUAGAAGAUUAUUUUAAUAAUAUUAAUCCUUAACACUCAAGAGUUUGGGUACAUAAUUAAAAUCUUUUGAUUUUGUAUUUGUAAUGUUCUUCAUAUGGGUCUAUUUUAUCUGAUUAAACUUACUUCCAAGUAUUUUUACAGAUUUUGUCACAUCUUGACAUUUUGACUUGGGUAUUUUUUCUUCCUCAUUUGUAACUUCUUAUUUUUGACAAUACAAACUACAGAUAACUUUUUUAAAAAAUAUUUUACCUUAUAUUUAAUCAGCUUAUUAAAUCCUCUAAAUUACACUUUUAAAAAUAUGUAAUAUUUUCAACCUUCUGUGUAACAAUCAUUUCACCUGCAAAUACAGAUGAUUUUAUUUAUUCAAAAUAAUAUUGAAUAAUGAUUAUGACAGAUAUGCAUGUCUUGUGUAAUUUUCAUAGAAUUGUCUUUACUAUUCCCUAUUAACAUGACAUUUAUUGUUGGUUAUUGGUAAAUUGUCAUUAACCACUAAAAUGUUUAAGGAGUUUCUUUAUUUCAUUUUUUAAUUCCUGUUUCAUAUUAAGGGGCUUACUAAAAAGUGGCCCCUGAAGUUUAUCAAAUAUCUUUCAGCAUCCACUGAUAAAAUCAUGAUUGUUUUCUCCUUUAAUUUGUUGAUUUAAUGAAUUAGAGGAGUAAGUAUUUGACGUUGAACCAAACUUGUGUUUCUGAAAUAAAUCCUACUUGGUCAUGUUGUAAUAAUCAUUUGACACAUUGCUGGAUUUUAGUUACGAAUUUUUUAUUCAGAAUUAUUGCAUUUACAUUUCAAAGUGAAAUUGCAUUUUUUCUUUUUUACCCUGUCUUUUCAAGUUUUGUUUUUCAAAUUGUGCUAACUUUAAAAAUGAAUUUGUGAGUCUUUUUUUGUGUUCUGAAAUAAACAGCCUUAGAAUUAGUUUUUCUUUUUAUUUAAAAAAGUUUUUAUUCAAAUUCUAAUUGUCCUUUGAAAGUUAGCUAGUACUAAACUGUAAAACAAUUUAAUUAUGGUGCCACUUUUGAAGUUGAUCCUUAAUCAGCCUUCUUAUCUCUCCAAUGGUAAUUGGCUUAUUUAAACUUUCUAUUAAAAAAAGAAUGUAUGGUUUCUAUAAAAAACAAAAUUUAGAGUUUUCUUUAUUAUUAACCUUCUUGAUUGUAUUAUUCAGAUGCUUUAUGUCCUUGCAUAUUGCAUAUACGUAUGCAUAUUUCCUAAAUAUGUUCAAUUUUGAAAACAUUAUAAUAAAUCAGCUAUAGUGGUGUUUUAAA